AUGUCGAAGAUGCUGACGCAAUUCCUCCGGUUUAUUUGUCCAUUCUUAAGUAUAAUAAUUUGUGGGCACUUCAGUCGAGAGGAACUUGAUGCGGCCUCUUUAGCCAGCAGUGUUAUCAACGUGCUUGGUCUUUGCAUGGAUAUGGGAUUUUCAACGGCUUCGGAAACCCUCUUCAGUCAGACUUUUGGCAGUUCUAAGCGAAAAUUGAUGGGUAUCAUCUUACAACGAGCUUUGGUCAUAAUGACGCUGAUAUUCACCACGCUGGCAUGCGUUCACGUCAAUAUUGAGGGUUUGCUACUGGUGGCUGGGCAGGAUCCUCUCAUAUCAUCGCUGGCUGCUGAAUACAUUCUGUUCUUUCUUCCUGGACUCUAUUGUGACUUCUUAUUCAUGACUCUCUCGCGGUACUUGACCAGCCAAAACCUUGUGCGACCCAUGAUGAUCGCUGCCUGCGCGGGAACAGUCUUCACUGUUUUAACUCAACCAGCGGUUUACAGAUUAGGUCUUGGUCUCAGGGCCUCUGCGUGCUUUCUUUCGCUUUCGUUUGCGGUAAUGCUCUCAUGCGAAGUUCUAUACAUCUUCGUAUAUCGCGUGUAUUCCGAAACUUGGGCUGGCUGGGAUUUUGCUGCGGCAAUGUCCGAAUGGGGCAUAUUCUUCAAACUUGGCAUCCCGGGUAUUUUGAUGAUAGGGUUUGAGGAAUGGUGCCUUGAACUUAGCACCUUUAUCGCAGGAACAAUCAGUGAUGCUGUGUUAGGUGCUCAAGCAAUCGUUUUUCAAAUCCAGUCAUUCAUUUAUAUGGUUCCUUUGGGUGUUUGCACUGCAGUGAAUGUGAGAGUUGGACAGGGAUUGGGCGCCUUUGAUCCACAGAGGGCGAAACACACGUACAUGACCGCCCUCUUCUCAGUAUUUGGGAUAGUCGUUACAACCGCCGUUCCUGUCGUCUUGUUACGGCACAAAAUACCAUACCUCUUUACGACAGACAAAGAAGUAAUCGAGGAGGCUGUAAAACUAUUUCCCAUGCUUCUUAUCUUCCAGUUCUGUGAGGGCCUGGGCGGUGUUUCGGAGGCCGUUUUAUUGGCAUGCGGGCGACAAUUUUUGGGUGCCAUCACAAUAUUCCUAGGCUAUUACGUCGUUGGCCUUCCGUUGGGCCUUCUCCUCACUUACAAAUUUGAAAUCGGAAUCAUUGGAAUGUGGAUGGGACUUGCUACCGGUUUUUUCCUUACUGACUGUGUCUACACCUUCUUUGCUCUCCGGACAGAUUGGAAGGAACAAUCUAGAAGGGCCUUAUGCAAUGUACGCCAAAAUUCUGAGGGCAUUACAAACGGCUACAGAGACACACUGCCACAUGAUUCCAAUUGCAGAAGGUUUGUUUCAGUGAAAUUGGAGAUGCCAGUGGAUGAAAAACAACCUUCUUUGACAACUCAUCGGCCGGACUGCAUGAAAAUUCGCCUGCGUAUCGUCAUGUUCGCUACUAUUUUGGUCUUCCUAGUUUGUAACCUGUGGUAUCGUUUAUUCCAUACUACGCCUUAUUGGAUGCGUGUGUGUCAAAAUCAAACAGGCGCCGCCAAAACUGAGCUAGAACGUGUUACACUUCUUCUACUGCUUGCGGCCAUAAAAUGCAAAAGACGUGAAUUAUACAUCCGUGAUAUCAUGAAUAAUCUCAACACUGAAACACAAAGGGGUAUAAUGCAGUCUAUAACCAGCCUCACUGAAUAUCCAGAUACAACGGUUAGCUUGUCCGGACUUUAUGAGCUUCCGUCUGAACUUCGGUACAGCAUAAGAAAGGCCCUCUCGAAUCGAGUGGAAUUGUACUUUCUUCUAGCUGAAGAAGUUUUUCAUCGUAUCUGCGAGCAUUGUCCAGACUGGACUCCAACAAAAAGGACCCUUUUUAGCCCACAGCAUGAAAAGCGACAAGGGAAGGAUUUUAAUGUUAAAAUUUCACGAAGUCGAUCUCUGGCAUCUUCCCUGGACCUUGUUGGCCUUGCCCUCAAAAGGUCUAAUGAGGCGAGAUGUGAUAUGCUAAAGAGUCCACAAAGUGUAGAAACGGACACGGCGACUACCUCUGAAACGGGAUACGAGAGCCGUCCGCCCACCGACAAGCCUCUGAGAGACAAACAGGAAUUCGGGGAAAAUAGGGAUUUGGACUCAGCCCUAUGUAUCAUGGAGACUCAACUUGUCAAUGAUGGAGACGAAAAGAGAGAAUCUGAUACUCAAAUAACCAAGGCGAAAGCGAAAUUGAGGCAGCAAUCCUUAGUAAUUUCAGAGCAGGCGGACCAGUUGGAGGAGGUGCAAUCGCAGUUGGCGGAGGUGCAGGCAGAGGUAGACCGGCUCCGGACGGAGCGCGCGCGACUGGCGGAUGCGGCGGUAGCAGCGCGGCACUGGCGAGACGAGGCCGAUGCCGGUCAUCAGGCCAUCGCUCAGCUGCGCGAAUCUGAGCGCACUUGUGAGAAACUCAAACAACGCCUCCAAGCUGCCCAAUACUACCGAGUUCGGUGUCAGGAGCUUAGUGAAGAAGUUGAAUCAUUGAUCAAAUCUCGUGAUGCUCUUGAAAAUCGUCUUUCUGAGCAGCAAGCUGACCAAUUCAAAGUUCACUUACUUAAUGAAAGGCUCAUCAAGCAGUCCCAGCGAAUAAUGGAACUAGAGUCGCAACGUGAAAAGGAUUUGGAGGAGAUCUGCCAAUUGAAGAAUGAGGUGGCAGAGAGUCGCAUUGAUGCACUCAAUUUGUCACGGAAGGACUUGUCUACAGGGGGCGUCAGUCCUAGCCCCUCCGACUGCGAGGGAAGGGAGCUACUCUCCAGAUUACCCAGUCUUCAAAGUGAGACAUCUGCAGCGGAUACGAUGAUGGUGCAUUCUUCUCGAAAUGAAGCGUCUCAAACGCACGAAGUGUAUGACGGAAAAGCAAUAAAACUUCAAAAGGAGCUGGAGCGAACCGUCGAAGGAUGUGCUUCACAAUUACAAAGAAUUCGGACUAAACUCAAUUCAGUUUGUGAAAAAAUCAACACAAAUCAGCGGUUAGACGCGAUCACAGCAUUCGAUAAAGUGGAAUUCAACCUUAAAGACAGCGCUGAAGCCCUAAUGAAGGACCUCGAGCAGACGAUUCUCGAUGUCAUUGAAGCAAUUGAAGAAAACGAUAAGAAACUCAUGGGUUUGGAGAAAACCAGUUUAUCAAAGCCAAUGACAAUACCCGUGACAGUCCAAACUGACCCGAUCCUCUUGCAAACUGACGCAAGGAUGUUUGGACAAUCGUCUACCUCCUUGAAAACGACCACUCUAUUAGCGCAGUCGACCUUUCGGGACAGUGUCGAGUCGCUGCGUGACACUCUAACCAACGCAAUGCAUCACGAACUGAAGACGAUUCUUGACCGCACCAAAGACCAAGGCAGCAGACCAAACGCGAAUCUUGCUGUCAAAAACACCCAAACACAUGUAUUCCCUAGUAAGAAUGCUCAGUGUCAGAUAUCACUGGACAACCAACUGCCUCUCCUCUCUGGUACAGUUCAACGUCCCCACAGGAUAUGCAACCGAUUUGGAACACCACUUCAAUUAAGUGUAGUUCAACCAAGCAAAGUUCAGCGAUCAGAAUUAAGCCGAGAGCAAAGUAAUGGGCUCAAGGUUGUCAGUCGUAGAGGCGUAAGCACGUCGCCUACCGGAGGUCAAAUGCAAUUCGGUAUCAACGAGGCUGCUGGAGAGGCUCUUCUUCAGGAUAGUGAGGCAAAAACACGUAUCGCUGUCCCAUGUAGGGAAAGGGACGAAGUCAAUGAGCUAUUGAAGUCAACAAAACACGAACUGGAACACUGCAAAGAUUUACUCAAGAUAUGCCCACCUAACUUGAAUUUCAAGGAACUAAUUUUGGAGUUGGUUCUUCAUGCUAGUUCACGGUUGCGCUCUUUUGGUAAUGGGUGUGGCCGCUUGCGUCGGGAGGUGCGGUUGUGUGCGCAAGUGGGCGCGCGAGUCAGGAUUACUGUGGCAGUGAGUCAGCCGCCCGCCCAAUCCUGGUCGCUGUCCUACGCCCCUCCCACCGCGCCUCUGUGUGCCAUCACGCGACGGGUUGGCAUGAUGUCGUAUCUUGAAUACGAAAAUCGCAAUACUUAUUUGGAGAAAGAGAAUCGUACUCUGUUACUCCAAUUGAGAUCUCUUCUUUCCCAAAAUCAGGGUGUAGUGACGGAGGCUCUCGAAAAUAGUGAAUGUCACUAUCGCAAACAACUUGCUCUUCGUGAUGAGUUGGCGUUAAUGAAGCGCCGUAAGGAACGGCUAGAGGAGAAGCUCAUCGAACAGUACAAGACGAUCCCUUCGCCCAAAAAGUACGACAUCUGGUUGACUGUCUGCCCUGAUGCAGUGAAUUUUAAACAUUUCGUUUGGGUAAACUUGAGGGGCUCCUCAAUUUUCAUGGCCACACCCGUGCAGCGGUGUUGGCCCACCUUUAUAUCACGCUGCCUUUUUGAGGAGGAAAUUUGGGUCACUUCUGAGAUCGGGCUGCGCACUUCGCCGCAGGUAGCUAAACCAACCAUCAGUUUCCUACAGAAGGCUCGUGAUGCUCUUUUGAAAAAUAAAGACGUCUACACCCUCGAUAAUAGUUGCCUCCCACCUGCCGAUAAUUAUGAACAAGGCAUCAAACAAAUUUUGCCUUCUUCCAACCUGCGAUGUGACGGAUCGGAAGAUGACGAUGAGUAUCUUAGAGACUUCCGGAAGUUUAUAGGCAAUUUGGAAAGGCCGAAGUUAAGCCCACAUUCUCAAAUGUUGCCUUGUAUUUUAGGCAUAGAGGCAUAUUCAGUCAGCUCAAUCGUGCCACCACCUAAAAAGGCUUUCAUGAGCAAAACUAAUUCUCUGUCAUUCUUUCCCACACAAAGUGCGAAAAUGGCAGACAUACGGUUCCCGCGAGAUACAAACCCCAAGAAAGCACAGUCAAUGUGUACACAUAGGCGUAGGGUGGCUUAUGCCAAUGAGAACUCAACAGCACCCUCUCUGGGUGGUCUAAUUGGUCGAAGAAGAAUCUCGGUUGCUGACCCAGAUUACUUGAAUCCCAUCACCUCUUUUUCGCAAGAUCUCGGUGGUAUCUUGGUCCAAGGCCAUCGAGAGUCAUCCGAGACUGCCUCAAAUGACAAAAUGUCCCCCACGGCACCGGCACACACCGUGGAAAGCGCCGACUGUCUGGCCAAACCAGUGGUUUUUUUGGAGUAUGGUGAUAUAUGA